CCACAUCAGAGGCAAUGCCUGAAGUUGCUGAAGUAGCUCAUGUUUGCGCCCAGCUCCGCAGAAAUGUGCUUGGAUAUCAGAUUGCGAGCUUGGUGUUGAAUAACGAUGCGCUCCUAUUCCCGGUAUUGAAAAACGCGUCUAACCCUGAAAAGGAAUUGCAGCUGCUACAAGGUCGGUUACUUCAUUCAACCAUCGAAUCGGUAGGAAGACAUGGAAAGUAUUUCUGGCUCAGAACAAGACCGGUAGAUUCAAAGUCUACCGACGUUUUAUUGAUGCACUUUGGCAUGACCGGAAACAUUAAGAUCAGAAAUAUUGGGUCUCAUUUGAUUUUCUUAGAGAAUGCAGGCACGAAGGAGGACGUAGUCACCGUAGAACAGCUCCAAAACGAAGAGAACGAAUCAAAGAAGGAACCAGAAGAAUGGCCCCCUAGGUUCACGAAGAUGGAACUAGUGCUCGAGAAAGACGGUACUAGACUAGAUUUAGCCUUUACUGACCCUAGAAGAUUGGGCCGAAUCAGACUAUUGACAGGUCCAGGAAUCCAAGCUGAUGAAGAUUUAUUGAAUACCAGUCCAUUGGAUGCUUUGGGUCCUGACUAUUCAAAGUCGCCAAAUUCUCUCAAAUCGGAAAAGGAAUUUGUGAUCGGCGAUCCCGACCCUCAUCACCAUGGAAGACCAAGACCAACGGUUGAAGAAUUUAGCAAGUUGGUAUUAUCAAAGAAGAAACCUAUCAAGAGCUUUCUUCUUGACCAAGCAUUUUUCAGUGGUAUUGGAAAUUGGGUUGGUGAUGAGGUGGUGUACCAGGCACGAAUACAUCCUAAUGAAGUGAUCUCGAGUAAGAUUCCUCAGAAUCUAGAGAAAGUGCAUCCAGUGGUUCAACGAUUGUACGAUUCUAUAAUUUAUAUAUGCGAAGAGAGUGUACGCGUUGAAGGAAAUGUGAAGAAGUUUCCUUCCAAUUGGCUCAUGCUAUAUCGAUGGAGCAAGGCGAAAAAGAAGGGCCCCAAGCCUACGACAGAUGAUGGAAAAGCUCUUGACUUUGUUACUGUUGGCGGUCGAACAAGUUGCUUUGUCCCCGAGCUCCAGAAACCAUUGAAGAAUGAA